CUGGCCAUACUCGUUUUGGAAUCCUUACUACGCAGUUGCAUCUUUAUUAUUGUCAUAAAUUUCGACAAAUUCGCUCUUCAGCGGUAAUAUAAACGUUUUAUUUAUUACACCAUAUGACACAGUCUUAUGUGGUGUUUUUGAAGGAUUACAUUUCUUUACACGGUGAUCUACAUUAUUUGUGUUUUAAACGUGUUUAAGGGACAAACAGCUAGUUUCCUUUGUUUCCUUUGUGUGCACGACUAAAUCUCGCGUGAUUAAGCUCUGACUCCCGCGACGUGAUCCAAGAUGGCGGCGCCCAUCUCGAAGAAAGUUUAUAUCUUUGGACACUCGUUCGUGAAGAGGUUGAAGGAUUUCAUUCGUCAGGAUCCGUCACUUCGUUACGAUUUGGGCCUAACCGGCAGUCCGAUGAUCCAAUACUCGGGUUUUCCAGGCGCCACAGUGGACUGUCUCCGUAAUAAAUUACAAGACAUCUUGGAUUUCGUUCCAGACAUUGUGAUCUUGGUUGUGGGAACCAAUGAUAUCUACAACCCGAAUCAAUCGCCACUCUCUGUAGCUUCGGCAAUACGUGAUUUUGUGGACACCUUACUUUUUGUUCAUGGAAUUCCUCGAGUUAUUGUGCUGCAAACACUGCACAGACAUUCCCCUACUUGCCACACUCGUUAUCCAGUUGACAUUCAUUGGUUCAACAACAGGGUCGAUGAUUUGAACAGUCUUCUCAUCGACUGGCUGAAUUCUCCGCCCCAUGGCCGAGCAUACCUGUGGCGUUUGAAGGGGUUUUGGUCACCAGAAUGUAUCCGUACUAACUUUGCGGAUGACGGUUGUCACCUUUCACCUCGUGGCCAGCAUAGAUUUUUCACCAACAUUCGGGCCGCGGUUGUCGCUGCCCUUAAACAAUCGAUCUGAUUAGUUAUCAUAUUUUGCCUGAUAACUUUUCAGGUUUUUUCAAAUUGGUCGGUCUGUUUUAGUAGGUUCAGACCAGAUAUAUAUAUUCCGUGUCAUAUUUUUGUCACUUAAAGUUAUCAAUCCAAACGGGACACAAUUUUCUGUUACAUUAUGACGGUUUUAGCUAUCAUAUUCACAUGAAAUUGAUUUUAUUAAGGCCGUUCUUUAAUACUACGCCUGAGUUAUUCAGUUCUGACGGAUAUGGAUAUUAUCGUUUUGUUUUUUUUCGUAAGAACUAUAUUUGGGCCUGAUUUUCAUUAUUCAGUGCAGGCUAUGCUUUAUAUAUUCCAAUAUUAUGCCUGAUUUUAGUUAUUCCGUUCAGGCGGAUAUUGACGUGCUAGUUCUCUAUGUAAGACCUAUAUUUAUGCCUGAUUUUAGUUAUACCGUUCAGGCUUUGUCUAUAUUUUCCAAUAUCAUGCCUGAUUUUAGUUAUACCGUUCAGGCUGAUAUUGUUGUCAUAGUUCUCUACAUUAGAACUAUGUUUAUGCCUGAUUUUAGUCAUACCGUUCAGGCCAUAUUUUUAUUUUUCCAUAUCAUGCCUGAUUUUAGUUAUACCGUUCAGGCUGAUAUUGUUGUCAUAGUUCUCUGCGUUAGAACUAUGUUUAUGCCUGAUUUUAGUCAUACCGUUCAGGCCACAUUUUUAUUUACCCAUAUCAUGCCUGAUUUUAGUUAUACCGUUCAGGCUGAUAUGGCUGUGAUAGUUCUCUACGUUAGAACUAUGCUUAUGCCUGAUUUUAGUCAUACCGUUCAGGCCAUAUUUAUAUUUUCCAAUAUUAUGCCUGAUUUUAGUAAUACCGUUCAGGCUGAUAUUGGUGUUAUAGUUACCAUAUUUGUUAUUCGAUAUAACACCUUAUUCCAGAUGAAGCGCACAAGGCAGCGUAAAAAGACGGCCACGUCUACAACCUGCUUAUGUUGCAAGGGUACUACAUCCUCUGGCAAACAACCCAAAAACUCUACACCAGCAGGGCCGUCAAUGGAGCCGGCAGCGGACCAACCCAGAGAUGUUCCUAUACCGGCUGUGCCCGACAGCCUGACAUAUGCUCCAGCAGCCACAGGCUCCUCCACACCCUACCCAUCACAGGUCCAGUCGGACUUUCUCUUUCCAACUGCUACGACGAAUCGUCAAUUACCCUUGCCAUUGGACCCAAACGUAGGGCUACACACAGUGCCAUUGGACCCUAACGUCGGCCUACACACAGCCAUGCCCUCUUUUGACAUUGACUCCUCGAGUUCUUCCGAUGAGGACCAGGGUUUCAGCUUUUCCCAGGCACUACAUACACAUGCCAGGGACAUACUACCAGGUACUGGUCACCUCUAUGCAGAGCCAAUAAGUACCCCAAUUUUGAGUCAGGUGAAAAAGUCCAUCUGUAAAGACAUUUGGCGCAACAAAUUUGUUGAAAUGGCAGCUCUGCUCCCUUCAACACUGUCCACACAGGCCAAUCAAUAUACGUUACAGUUGGACAGUAACUCGCAAAUUUCCAUAACUCCAAAGUCCAACCUGCGAAAAAUUACAACUAUUGAACAGUGGACAACCGCCAUGAUCAGAUUUAUGGCAGUAUAUACUUUUAAGUUCCCCUCUGAAACUCAGGCUAUACUGAAAUACACGGAGAUUGUCCGUGACAUUUCCAGCCGUCGUCCAGGCUCUGCCUUCAUCUUCUACGAUACUCAAUUUCGCCUUCUAAGGGAAUCCAUUCCCCUCCCGUGGGACCGUCUUCACACGGAAUUUUGGUUAAUGGCCUGUACAUCCUUUCCCACCCAACACUCAAGCCCUUCCUUUCGCCCUCAAAGAAACCCCUCACGAGCGCCUUGCAGACAAUCUUCGUCCUACAAAAAAUAUCUUGAGAACACCUGUUUCAACUACAACAAACGUUCCCUCUGCCACACUCCCUCUUGCCCCCACCCCCACACCUGCGGUUAUUGCAGAGGGUCCCACCCAGCAUACGAAUGCUCAUUCCCGUCCAGAGAGCACGCUGCUAAGGCCGUCUCCACUCCUAGACCCUCUAAACCAGUCAGAUAAAACACCCGUUGUUACCCCAGUUAAAAUUGCCAUUCUUGCCCCUUACUUGUCGGGUUACCACUGGGCCAAUUAUUUGAUGGAUGGUUUCACCUACGGUUUUAAACUUGGUUAUUUUGGUCCACGGGUUCCUUUUUUGGCCCCAAAUCUUAAAUCAUGCAAAGAACACCCUGAAAUUGUACAUUGCAAACUUUUUGAUGAACUAGACGCUGGUCGGAUUCAGGGUCCUUUUCCUGUCCCUCCCUUAGAUAAUUUUCGUGUCAGUCCAAUUGGUAUUGUGCCCAAAAAAUCUCCUGGACAGUUUAGAUUAAUUCACCAUCUUAGCCAUCCUCCGGGCCAGUCCAUAAAUGAUUUUAUUGAACCAGAUCUCUCUUCUGUUUCUUAUUGCUCAUUCGACGUCGCCGUUACCCUCUUGUUGAGUAUUGGCCCGGGUACUCUUUUCAGCAAAACCGACAUUGAUUCGGCUUUCAGGUUAAUACCAAUUCACCACUCUGACCACCAUUUACUCGGCAUUCAAUUUCAGAACAGCUACUUUUACGAUACUUGUCUCCCUAUGGGAGCUUCAUCUUCGUGUGCUAUUUUUGAACGUUUUAGUUCCGCUUUGCAAUUUAUCUCUGUUUCACAUUUGAACAUCCCACACAUUGUUCACAUUCUUGACGAUUUUUUAUUUAUGGGUCCAAAGAAUUCUCAUAUUUGUCAGACUAGUCUGGUCAAUUUCUUAAAUUUCUGUGCGCACAUUGGGGUUCCCAUCAAACAUGAAAAAACAGUCACGGCUACUUCCACAAUUUCAUUUAUGGGUCUUGAAUUGGACUCAAUACUUAUGGAAGCGCGACUCCCUGUAGAUAAGUUAAUUAAAGCUAGAACCCUUUUAAGUUCAUUUGUGAAGUCGCGUAAAGUCACCCUUAAAGAACUUCAAUCCCUUCUGGGUCUUCUAAAUUUCUGCUGCCAAGUUAUAGUCCCUGGUCGCAGUUUCUUACGUAGACUCAUAGAUUUAACUAUCAAGGUCUCAAAACCUCAUCACCACAUUACUCUUAACAAAGAGAGCCGCAGGGACCUGCGUGCUUGGCAAAUGUUCCUUGAUCAUUUCAAUGGGAAACAAUUACUUUCUGAACAACGCUGGCUCACUUCCGACACUUUACAUCUUCACACGGACGCAUCCGGAACCUUAGGUUUCGGAGCCACAUUUGAGACACACUGGUUUUCCGGUACAUGGCCUCAAACUUGGUUAGGUUAUGACAUUACCUUUAAAGAGUUAUUUCCCAUUUCUCUCGCUCUGGAAAUCUGGGGUCACCAACUUCGCAAUGGGUGCAUCGUUUUGCACACGGACAAUGAGGCAGUAGUACAUAUAAUAAAUAAACAGUCGUGCCGUGUUCCAGUUAUUAUGUCUCUAGUACGCCGCGUAGUCUUAGCCAGUAUGAAAUACAAUAUCCUGUUACAUGCCCAACAUAUCCCCGGGAAGUACAAUUUGUUACCGGAUCUCCUUUCUCGUUUACAGAUCUCCGAAUUCAAGGCAAUGGCUCCCCACAUGGACCUGCUGCCAACACCCAUCCCAGAGCACCAUUUCAUAAUUUGAAUCAAACAGUGUACAAAUUAUUGGACAAAUCCCUGGCUCCCUCCACAAAAGCCAGUUACAAAAAUGCUUUCCUCCAAUAUCAACGUUUUCAUUCCACUCAUUAUCCUUUGUCAAACUGCCUGCCUAUUACCACUGAUCGUUUAGCCCAAUUUAUUGCUUUCUGUCACAAUCUGAGUUUCCAGGCCAACACUAUUUCCACAUAUGUUUCGGCUUUGGGUUACAUUCAUAAAUUGUACAAUUUGGCAAACCCCACAGAAUCCUUCGUGAUCAAAAAGUUGUUGUACAGUUUACGCCGCACGUCAACCGCAGAUAAACGUCUGCCUUUCACUAUUGCCAAUAUUCGCACUUUACUGUUUUUCCUUCGGUCAAACAUAAAAGACCAUUACCAUCGAGUCCUAUUGAAGGCAAUGUUUCUUAUGGCAUUUUUUGGUCUUUUCCGGGUUGGGGAAUUGUCACUUUCACAUAAUGGUCAUCAAAAUACCAUUUCCCGCCAGGACCUUACUUUUUUGUACACCGAUUCCAAACUCUCAUCGGCAGUCGUUACAAUCCGUAAUUACAAACAUUCCAAGGGUCAAUGUACCUCAAUUCCUCUAGCCAGUCAAUCCAACAAACAGCUAUGCCCAGUCCGUGCAUUAUUUAAAUACAUACGGUUGUGUCCCUCUGAUACAGGCCCCCUUUUCAAAUUUGCUAACGGGGAGCCUGUCACAGCCACUUUCUUCAGGUCAAAUCUUAGAACCUGUGUUGUUGCUUCGCAAUUAAGCCCGCACCGUUAUACAUCCCACUCUUUCCGUAUUGGCGGGGCUACGCACGCCCAUUCCCAAAACAUGUCGGCCUCUCAGAUUCAGCAGUUAGGUCGUUGGAAGUCCAACGCAUACCUUAAGUACAUUCGGGCCAACCCCUUGCCAGUUUUAAAUCCCCCCCCCCCACAAGUCAGUCAACUGACCAUAAUAGACUCCGUGUAUUUCUCUAGCCAGUUUAAGUAUUACUCUAAAUGCCAGUGCAUAUACACCUAGAAGUGUACCAUUGUUUACAGUUACCUGACAGUUUAAGGCUGCAGGUGUUCAUACUUAGUUUUGCUGGUGCUUGCACUUUUUGUACAUAUUUGUUGUGUAUAUAUAUAUAUAUAUAUAUAUAUAUAGUUUGCUGACGGUUUAAGGCCGCAGCUCCAUGUUCUUUGUUAACAUUGCGUUAUGUUAAUAUUUUACCAUUAUUGUGUUUCUGUAACUUUUUGUUUACCUGACAGUUUAAGGCUGCAGGUACAUCAUUCACCAUUUUGGCUUGUACAGGUUUUUUAUGUACAAAUACGUUGUAAACAUCUUUUGUUGUCAGACAAGAUAAGGCCCAACUCCAUUUUGUGUUUGCCAUCAUGACUUUUGGCUUCGUCUACAAUUUUAUUUGAUAAUCUUUGUGAUGCCGUUUUUGUUUUGUCUACCUGACGGUUUAAGACUGCAGGUUGUUUUUUGCUUUUCAUACCAAUUUUUGUUGGCAUAUCGCUUCUGUCAUUGGCAACAAUCGGCCCACAGCCUCAUCAACAUAUUACAUCACUGCUUGCUAUGAUAGUUUAGAAUAUUUGUUUGUUUUUAUGUUUGUAUGCAGUGUACAUAUUAUUGACUUACUUUCAACUUUAUUUUCUCCACUUGUUGAUGUAUUCAUUGUUUUAUUAUUGUAUGUUAUUUACACUUUGUCUCGUUAGAUGCCAAAAUAUGUUGUGCAAUUCUUAUACAUGUAUAGGGUUUGUUCCACUCGGUUGUGUUCAAUUAUUCUAUGAUCUCCUUUCGCUGUAUUACGAUAAAUUCCAGUACGUCCAUUUUAGACCUUGCCAAUGUCAAGUUUUCAUCUUAUUUAAAAUUGAAAUUCUAUGUUCACGUAUAUGCUUUAAAUUUUUGUAAACCCACGGAGUGAUGGUUUAAAGCCAGACUUAUUAUUUUUUAACUUAUAACGUUACAUGUAGCAUAGUUAUUCUUUUCCAGACUUUUACUUUUAAUUUAUGUCUGUCCAUAUUUACAAUCUGCGUUAGUAUCCGUUCAGGAACAGUUACCUCCCUUUAUUCUAUUGCGAUCUUCUCCCGUACUUCAUGGGCGGCGGGGUUCCCCUUACGGCUCCCCUUUGUGGCGUGUUUGUUCCGCCCAUUAUGUCAGUAUAGGAAAUAACAUGAUAUAUUUUCAUCUAUGUUAUGGCAUUUUACAAUAAAUGCCCAUUUUCGAUCAA